AUGAAACGUCAAAAUAAAAAAUAGAAUUCGCAUUGUUGGUGGUGAAAAAAGUGUGGAAUUGCAUUCGAAUCUCCCAGGAAGGAUUCUAAGUGAUAUAAGGAGAUUGGUUGCUGAUGAAGUUGGUUCCCGAGGUUUAUCGCUUGCAGGCCACACGAUAAGCCAAGAGAAAUGUCGUUCGGAUACACUCCGCUGGACGGGAAUGCUUUGCAUGCAAUGGUUCCAAUAAUGGGAAAUAUAUCGAACAUGACAAACGGAUCCAAUUUCAUACCACAAUUAGCUGCUGUUGCUUCCGGUGCAGGCACAAUGCCCACUUUAUCUGGUCCUUCCCUUAUUCCAGCACACCUUUCGGCUGCUCUCAAUGAUAGUCCACUUGAAUUUAAGACAAAUACUCUAUCGGGUGCAAAGUCAUCAAUGGAUAAAAAAUCUUCCACGACAACACAACAAAAUCAAAUGGGGGCUGGCCCUAUGGAUUUAGAAAAUGAUAAUGAAUCGCCUUCCUCUAUCAUUUCAAACAGUGGAGGAAGUAUUGAAAGUGCUUUGUCUUCAAAACGAUUAGGAUCAGGUAGAGAACAUAAGAUAAGUACAGGAUCCCUGGAUGAUGACUCCGCUUGUGCUGGGAUAAAAGUGAAUUCGGAAACGAAUCUUAUUUCCGCCGCAAACACGACUAGUGUACAAAACAAACCAAUAGUGAUGAGCAGUGAAAUGUUUUUGAAUGGAAUGAUGGGAGUGGGACCACCACCGCCACCACCUCAUCCUCACCACCAACAUUCGCAUCAUCCGCAAGGGUUCAUGGUAAUGCCUGCCGGAAUGAUGAUGGAUCCAACUGCAAUGGCUGCUGCAGCUACGAUACAAAUGCAACAAUUUCCUUUGAUGGCAGCUACGAUUCCUCCACAGCAAACUACUACCCAAAGUCCGGUGACUACUCAACAAGUGGUAGAUUCUAGCCAACCGCAGUCAACGCAACCGCUUCCUGUGUUACCUAUCCAAAUUAAGGAGAUAAUAACGUGUAAAUCAUGCACUUUAUAUCCGCCCAAUCCCAAUGCACCACCGCCAACGAUACGAGAACGUCCUCCUGGUUGCCGUACAGUUUUCGUUGGUGGCCUACCUGAAAAUAUUACAGAAGAGAUUAUUCGGGAAAUAUUUGAAAGUUGUGGAGAAAUAACAACAUUACGAUUGUCCAAAAAGAACUUUUGUCAUAUCCGGUUCGCCUUUGAAGCAUCUGUAGACUCAGCGAUCUACUUAUCAGGGUACCGGAUUCGCAUCGCUAAUAGCUCGGAAUCGGCGAAUUGUGGUCGAUUACAUGUGGAUUAUGCACAAGCCCGCGACGAUCAGUACGAGUGGGAAUGCAAACAACGUCAAUUACAGCGUGAACAACGCCAUCGAGAACGUAUGGAACGCGAACGCUUACGAUCAAUGUCUCCGCCUCCGAUUGUCCAUUAUACAGAACAUGAAGCUGGAAAUGUUGCAGAGAAGUUGAAGAAUGAUGACACGUUUUUGAAAGCAGUUGUUACUUUGAUUGCAUGGUUGGAACGCGGUGAUUGCUCCAAGAAAAAUGCAAACACAUUUUAUUCAAUGAUACAGAGUACAAAUGCACAUGUUAGACGAUUGCAAAACGAUAAACUCCAAUAUGAAGAGGACUUGAGACGAGCACGGGAACAGUAUCGAAAACAAAUGCAGAAUAUGGGACAACAAUUCACUCAGAUUGAAAAAGUGUUCAUUGCGGCUAGUCACAAGAAGGUUUGGGACCAUUUCACCAAGGCCCAAAGAAAAAACAUCGAUUUAUGGAAGAAACAAUCAACGGACGUCCGGUGCAUUCAAAUUGAAGAUGAUGACAUGGAAAUGUCGGAUGAUGAUCGGGACUACAAGUCGUCGAGCAAACGGACCAAAUUCGAUAAUGAUAAUUUGAAGGAAGAAAACGAUAGUCUACGAUGUCAAUUAGAGGCAUAUCGAAAUGAAAUGAAUCUCGUUAAAUCAGACUUAAAAUCCGACUCGGACUUUCGUGAACAGCAAAUUAAAGUUUUACAAGAAACUAUACGAAAUCUUCAAACACAAUUGAUUGAAAAUAAAGUGAAAGAAAAAGAAUUCUCAAAUAAAAUAUGUGAUCUCGAACAAAAGCUGAAGCAGGCGAAUGUCAAGGAGCUUCUAUUAAAAACGAAAAUUGUCGAAGCAAGUACUCGAAAUCAGUCGGCAAAAUGUACUGAAAUUGAAGACACUACUUCAGCGGAUAAAAUGCAAAGUGAUAAUAAUGGAAGUCAUCGUGAUGAUGAUAACAUCUCGAAUGUGACAAAAAGUUCAAUGGAAUCUGGGAAUCAGAAUAAUGCAGGUUGUAAUACGCAGAUAAAAGUAGAAAAGAUCGACCGUGACGAUGCACGAAUCAUAGGACUAGUCUCAACCUUUUUAGUAGUUCAUCCUUUUGGCGCAAGCACCGACUACAUAUGUUCAUAUCUACAAAAACUGCAUCCAGAUCUACGUCCGCGUGAACUUGAGGAGAUCCUUAGCAAAUAUGACAGUAUCUUUUGCGAAGAAGUGACUGGAAUUGGUGCAAAAAUUGAAAGAAAGUGGAAAUUCUGCGGUUUUGCAGAUUUCGACUAUGGCGUGAAUAUGAAUUCUAUCGACUAAUUGCUUUCCCUACUUGCCAUUGAAUGAUGAUAUUCACAACAUAUACGAAAAUAUUAAAUACCAAUUUUAUACACCUGCAUGAAAAAGUAAAUGAAAAUGAAUCUGUCUUGAUGAUAUUAUACGGAUUAGUGCAAUUAUUUUGUCAACGAUUUUAACCUGUAGAUAAAAUCAUGUUAUUAACUACGACAGUGAAAUUGUGAACCUUAUUGAGAUUAUUUUUUACCUUUUAUUAAUUUCUUAUACUGCUAUGUAGUCAUUACUCGAUUUACCUGAAAUUAUAUCUCCUUUUUUUACGUUUUUAGUUCCUUAUUUUACUUGAAAUAAAAACACC